AUGCUCGGUGAAACUGUUUUAAAUGUGCCAACAUUCUUCACUAAAAGCGGAAACCUCGAAAUUGAAAUUAAGAACGAAACAAAGAAUAUCAUUCAUAUCAAAGACGAAUACAAGGCGAAUGGUGAAUGGGUAAAAACACCUAACCCCACAAUCAUCAAACCACUGACAAAGAGUGUUUUGCGUCUCAAGUGUUAUCAACGGAUGCUUCAAAGUAUUGAGUGUUGCUUGGCAAUGCAAACAGAAAACAGCAACGAGAUGUUAUGUAUUGGUUUUGGUAUUUCAACGACAGGCUCGGUUAUGAGCUUCAUACAAUUUAAGAAAACGAGCGAAGGAAACAAAAACGAGAAGCCACCUCAAUGGGCGUCUAAGAAAUGCAAUGACAAGCUACCCUUGCGUUUGGUGGAUUGUGGUUAUUAUGUAACAUGCGAUAAGGAACCGUCCACAGAAGAAAACACCGAGAAGCUCAAGUUCACCAUUAAAAAGGAGAUAUUACUCGUGCAGAUCUACAAUGAAACAGACUACAAAUUCUCCUUUAAAUCAAGAGCAGCUAAUAAACUGCAAUUUACAGAGGAAGACGUUGACCCACACACGCAAAGCAUUAUUUCACUGAGCAGUCCCAUGGGUUAUUUGGGGGAAGUACAAUUUGGAAUAACGUACAACAUAAAAGAAACCAGGGAGAAUUUGCACAUAGCCCUCAAGAAGACCGCAUCUGACGAAUACCGGACGUUUAUUGGCGUUUCGGAACGAAAUGAUCCCUCGUGGGGAUGCAGGCAGUGUACGUCUGAAGUCAACAAAAACGUUCAAAUCUGUGGAUUCAAGUUAGCAUGCACCGCGACAGAUGAGCAAGGUCUGCCAUAUAAAACAUUUGCAUACAUCAUUAAAAAGGAAUCAGUCCACGUCAUCAUCACCAAUAACACAAACUCCAAACUGUGUUUCAAAUCAAGCACAUGCGACGUUGAAUCUGAGAAACAGAAGGUAGAACAAGACAUUGAUCCUCAAAGAAGAAAUAUUGUUCCACUGUCAAGUAUUCUCUCGGGCAGGAGCAUAGUUUAUCCUGAGAAAAUGGGAUUUGGAAUAAAGUAUGAAAUAGAAAUAUCCAAUAGAUGUUUCUACAUAGGCCUCGAGAAGACGACAACUGGUCGGUAUAAGACAUCUAUUCAGAUUGCUGACAGCAAGUCACCUGAGUGGGCGAUCGAUGAAUGUUCAUUUGAUACCGACAAGGAACUUGAAGUUGAUGAAUACAAAUUAACCUGCACCAUGGAAAAGUCUGACAACCUGCCAGACAAAACAUUCAUUUUCACAAUAGAAAAGGCCGUGUCAACAAAACUUUCAAGAUCAUUUAUCUCAAAAAUGAAAGACUUAUUUUGGAAGCUUACUUACUUUAUCCUAUCAUGAUAGAUGUUUCACAAUAAUACAAAACGAAGGAGAACAACGUCUCAAUAAACCUGUUUUAUUUUUCAUACCAACCAGUAGCCCAAAGGUCGGUUCCACAAUUUCCAAUUUGUAGCCCAACCUUCGUUGUACUGAAUUUGUCCUUAAG